AUGCCACCAUACAAUAUUGCCUCAGUUGUUGACGCCACAGACUCAUCAUCUGACGCUAAAGAGUAUGUGGUUUGCAUUCCAGCCUCCAGAUCGCGAGAUCUGCCCGUUAGCUCAACAAUCGUCCGUUUGCAGUUCUAUAUCAAUGAAGUCGUACUGGGGACCGCAUUUGGCAUCCUUAUCGGCCCGCACUGUGCCAAUGCCUUUGACCCAAGAUCAUGGGGCCCCGACACAGAGAGGAUCACGCUCGAGGUGAUGCGCAUCGUUCUUGCCACCGGCCUGUUUGCUAUCGGCGUAGAGCUGCCUCAGUCUUACAUGGCCGAUCAUGCGAAAGGGCUGCUUGUAAUGGUCGUUCCAACAAUGGCAUUUGGCUGGUUUAUUGUGGCGGCGAUUAUAUACGCCCUCUUCCCCAGCUACAACUACAUUUCUGCACUAGUUGUAGCCGCGUGCCUUACUCCAACCGACCCUAUCAUUAGUGCAGCUAUCGUCGGCGGCAAAUUUGCCCUCAAACAUGUGCCCACGAACCUCCGCCGUAUAUUAUCCGCCGAGUCCGCCGCCAAUGACGGACUGGCUUAUCCUUUCUUGAGCAUCUCGAUCUACCUUACCGUUGAAAGCUCUCGCCGCGUGGCUAUAGGCAAGUGGUUCCUGAUUGGCUGGCUCUACGAAGUUAUACUGGGCACAGUCCUUGGAGCAAUCUUAGGGAUUAUGUUUUGCCACCUCAUGAAAUUUUCUUACCGCAAGGGCUUCAUCGAUCGAGAAUCCUAUGUUGCGCAGUACCUCGCCCUCACUUUCCUGACCAUUGGGAUCUGCGACACACUUGGCAGUGAUGAUUUGCUAGCAGCCUUUGCGGCAGGUACCGCGAUCAGCUGGGAUGGGCAUUUUAACGAUCAAACUGAAAAUGAGGUAUUCUCGUCUGUCGUCGACCUGCUCCUCAAUUGCGCUUGUUUCGUAUACAUUGGGGCUUGGAUGCCAUUCGACCAGUUCGAUCAGCCCGACCUAGGGAUCACGCCUUGGCGUCUUAUCGUCCUGUUUGUAGCCAUCUUGGUACUCCGUCGUAUUCCCUCCAUGUUGCUGUUGUACAAGUGGGUCCCGGAGAUAUCAAAUUGGCGUGAAGCGCUCUUCUCUGGUCAUUUUGUUGAGUACACGCUGAGACUGCAUCACAAACUAGGACCGAUGGGAGUUGGGGCUGUGUUUGUUUCAACACUUGCUCUUACUAGGCUACCCGCACCGCAGUAUCCACCCCAGAAUCAAGCCGAAUUGCUUGCAGCAACUUUGCAGACAAUUGUAUCCUUCGUAGUCCUAGGAUCAAUUAUUAUUCAUGGCCUUUCGAUUCCUUUCUUCUCCUUAGGAAAGAAUGUCCGCUCGCGUACUGUAUCUAUGUCCAGGACUUGGACUUCACGUGGCACAGGACCCGAAUGGCUGUCUGGAGUCCGUCGCUUGACCGAGACACCGGGUGAAAUCCCAAGACCGGGGACACCGUCUCUCGUCGUUGCCGAGCAGGGUACAAUUGAGGACAUCACAACAAUCAUUCACGAAGUGGUAGUGACCGAUGAUAAUAUCAUUCCACGGAAUAUCAGUACACAGUCGCUUGCGUCUGAUACAUUCUUUAAUACCGAGGACCUUCCUCGUGGUGUUGUUCGACCAAGCCGCACAGGGUCCUUGGAGCGAUUUAACGAGCCUGGAUCCCGCACUCCGAAGAUGGUGCACUUCCCCCAAAAUGAUGAGGAGCGAGCUGCUUCUCUUGCAGAACAAGCUGGAGAUUCUAUGAAUAACAGCAUCCCUUCGAGAGCCGAAGUACCCAUAAACCCAGCUCAUCUAUUUAUGGAAUCUCCGGAAGAUACGGAAAUCCCUUCUACUCCUGAGGGAAGGGGUACCGGUCUUGAUGCUGGGUCUCCUGGCCAAAUUCAGAUUCACCAAAGGGUUGUCACGGUCCGCUUGCCUUCGCCUCAAUAA